AAACCAAUCCAGUCCUGUACGGACACCAAACAACUCUCGACACUUUCAAAAAACAUCUCCUGUUGUCCAAAACCGUAAUUUCCUUGAAAACCAAGCCCCAAUUCCUACUUGCCUCCCUCAUCUUCCCGGCUUCUAUUUCCGUGCCCGUUGUCCGACACAAGGCGGCACUGUCGACUCUCUCAUCUCUCUCCCUCCCUUCAGCAACUCUCCAGCUUUUUUAAAUCCCCAAAACACCCUUCCAGUACAAAAAAUUCUCCGAAAAACGGCCUGUAGAAGCAUGGCAGCAUCCUCCACCGUCGAUCCCCACGUCUGGAAGGCCUGCGCAGGUACCUCAGCUCAAAUCCUAACCGUAGGUUCUAGGGUUUACUACUUCCCACAUGGUCACGCUGAGCAUUCCUACUCUCCUCCGGAUUUUUCAUCUAUUCAAUACAAGUCUCCUUCGUUCGUUCAUUGUCGAAUCGUGUCCGUUGAGUUUCGUGCUGAUGUCAAUACCGAUGAGGUUUAUACGAAGCUCACCCUCAAGCCCGAGCUAUCUCCGCCGGACAUUUCCGCUGCAAUCUGUUCGUCCGUCUUUCCUGAUCCUUCAACCUACGGUGGGGAUCCUCCUGUUGUGUCCUUCACUAAGAUCCUCACCUCCAGCGACGCCAACAAUGGCGGUGGGUUCUCAGUUCCGCGAUUCUGCGCCGACUCCAUCUUCCCGCCAUUGAAUUACAAUGAGGAUCCCCCGUUUCAGCCGAUCACGGUCCGGGAUGUCCACGGCGGGACCUACAACUUCCGCCACAUCUACCGUGGGACCCCCCGGCGGCACCUGCUGACCUCGGGAUGGAGCACAUUCGUCAACCUGAAGAAGCUGGUCGCGGGCGAUUCAGUGGUUUUUAUCAAGAACAGGAGCAAGGAGCUAUUCGUGGGGCUGCGUCGGGCUCUGCGGUCCGGCGGGCCUGUGGAUUGUGGACGCUGGGCGGGGGUGAAGACGGAGGAGGAAUCCAUUGGAUUGUCGAGAAGCGGGAGGGGGAAGUUGUCGCCAGAGUCGGUGUUGGAGGCAGCUAGGCUGGCGGGCUCUGGGAGGGUCUUUGAAGUCAUUUAUUACCCGAGGGCUGGGUCUCCGAAUUUCGUGGUGGCAGCAGAUGCAGUGGAGGAUGCGAUGAGCAUGUAUUGGGCAGCUGGGAUGAAGGUUAAGAUGGCGGUUGAGACGGAGGAUUCGUCGAGGAUGACGUGGUUUCAGGGGACGGUGACGUCGAUCACUGGGCAGGAACUAGGGAUGUGGCAGAGCUCACCAUGGCGCAUGCUUCAGGUCACUUGGGAUGAGCCUGAGGUUUUGCAGAACGUGAAGAAAGUGAGCCCGUGGCAGGUGGAGUUAACAUCUGCUAUGCCACAGAUUCAUACCCCAUUCCCAUCCUCAAAGAAAAUGAAAUAUUCCCAGGGUUCUGAGAUACUGAUAGAUGGAGAGGACCCCAUGUAUUUUACAGGGAUGGGAUUAACCUCGAAUCAACCUUUAUUCCAUUACAAAACUUUUCCUGCUGGCAUGCAGGGAGCCAGGCAUGAUCCAUUGUGUGUAUCAAGUUUGACCAAUUUCUUACCUAAUAACCAUUCCAUCUGCUUUGAUGACUUACAUGGCAAUGGUAUGACACCGAAAUCAAGUGGAGUGUCCACUGAGCUAAGCAUUGGGAGUUUUCUGCAGUUUGAGAACUUGUCACCGAAGAGCCAGGGCAACACCCAUUUCAUUGGCACUGAGCUUUCUAGGAAUCAGAGCUGCAAGCCAACGAAAAAAGAUAACGGCAAUUCUAUGAAGUUGUUUGGCCAGACCAUCAAACCUGUUGAAGAUGGCUUUGAUAACAAUCGAUCUGCACGUGAUGAUGAAACUCAAGGACGGAAAGUGACUGAAGGUGUGGGUGGACCACUUGGCCCUUCACUCCCUUAUCCAUACAAGCAGUUGUUUGGCCAGACCAUCCUGACAAAGAAACCUGUUGAAGAUGGCUUUGAUAACAAUGGAUCCGCAUGUGAUGAUGAAACUCAAGGGUGGAAAGUGACCGAAGGUGUGGGUGGACCACUUGGCUCUUCACUCCCUUUUCCAUACAAGCAGUUGUUCGGCCAGACCAUCCUGACAAAUAUACCUGUUGAAGAUGGCUUUGAUAACAAUGGAUCCGCGUGUGAUGAUGAAAUUAAAGGACGGAAAGUGAACGAAGGCGUGGGUGGACCACUUGGCACUUUGCUCCCUUAUCCAUACAAGCAGCUGUGCAACCGACUUGAUGUUCAGUGUCAAAGAGUCUCAGCCGUAGGGGCAUGCUCUCUGUAAAGAGCAAGGUGUUUGCAACUCGCAGAUGAGAAGUUGUACAGGUAACUAUUGAGAAGACUGGAAGCUGACUCUUAUCUGACUCUGGCAGUAACGCUCUUUUUAUCUGACUAGGUGUACUUGCUAUUCUAUACUCGUACUUGAAUUAAACAUUAUUUGAUGAAAACUUAGACAUGACUUUCUUAAGCAAUGCUUGUAUUUUUGUGCGGAAUUAGUUGCCAAAAUUUCUUAGCAGCUCGUCGACUGUGGCUCUGCCAAUAGGGUAGGGUCAUAUUCUCUUCAUUUUAGUUGCAUUGAAGUUGCAUUUUGUGGAUGGAAAAAUUGAAAUGUUGACAUGGUUUGUUUAAGAUUUUGGGUCUAUGAUGCAUUACGUGAGGAAAGAUUGUACAA